AUGAAUCCCGACGACUACGAUUUGAGUACAUCGGAUGGCUGCAGACGGGCCUUGACUCGAGCCUUGUUCGACGCCGUUAAUGAAGCCAAAGCGGAAUGCUUGGCACAAAUGCAGCGGGAGCAGGCGGCGGCGGCGACGGCGGAGGCGCGGGUCCCUCGCCCGAUACGACGUCGAACGUAUGUCCCCCGCGAGCACGACGUACCGCACGAACGUCUGUUCGCAGAUUAUUUUGCCGAGAAUCCAAGGUGGGGCCCGAAUGUUUUUCACCGACGUUUUAGAAUGAGUCGAGAUCUUUUUCUCCGCAUUGUGCACACGUCGGAGGGACGUGAUGAGUACUUCCAGUAUCGGGAAGACGGGAUCGGCAAACCCGGACUUACGCCGUUGCAGAAGUGCACGGUUGCGAUCCGCCAGUUGACCUACGGCACAACAACGGAUAUGUUCGACGAGUACCUUCACGUCGGGGAUACAACUGGCCGCGAACGUCUCAAGAAAUUUUGUAAGUUAGUUGUGGAGGCUUUUGGCGACACAUAUUUGCGACGCCCAACUGCUGAUGAUUGCCAGAACCUGAUGCGGAUGCACGAGACGGUGCAUGGCUUCCCUGGGAUGCUAGGGAGCAUCGGCGGUCGCGGUCCGGCCAUUCAGUACACUGCCAACGGCCGCACACAUCAUAUGGGGUACUACAUGGCCGAUGACAUAUACCCAAGGUGGCCUGUUUUUUUGAAGACGAUCAGCUGCCCAAUUGGUGAGAGGAGAGUCUUGUUUGUGGCAAAGCAGGAGUCCGCGCGGCAGGAUGUGGAGCGGACUUUUGGGGUGCUCCAAUCGCGGUGGGCAAUUGUGAAAGGUCCGACGCGUUUCUGGUACAAGAAAGUCAUCGCCUACGUCAUGUAUGCGUGCACCAUCAUGCAUAAAAUGAUAGUCGAACAAGAACGUGGACAUGUCACCAAUUGGGUGGAUGAUGAAGCCAGAUCUAGCUCCAGCACGGCGACCUCGCCUGUCACUCGAGGAUUACUGACUGGCUUCGGUUCGGUUCUACAACGACAGGCCUCAAUGCGCAACCAACAAGACCAUACUCAGCUCAUGACCGACAUGAUUGAAGAAGUUUGGAACCGCAGCCGCCGCUGUUGA